CAGCUACUUCCGCGCUCCUUCGUCUCCUGCUCAGUUCCCAUUGGCUGCCUGUCUUAGACAGGCACUGAGGUCGCGGAGUUGAAACUCUGGGCUAGAGGCGUGUUUAUACCACUGCACCUGCGUUCGCUUGCGCAGCUUUUCAGAGUGUGCGAUUUUUCUUCGAAUUUUACCGCUUUUCCCGAAGGGGUUGAAUCGCUGCCUUGGUUAGUGGCGAGGUUUGGCACAGUCAGUGGCUAUGCAGGCUUAAGGUGUUUCAGUGUUACUUAGCUCUCACGCAUUCUGGAUCAUAUGGCAACUCGGGGGAUACCACCUGGGCAUAGCGCUUUCUGCAAAUUUUUCAACUACAAGCACGGUUUUUAAAUAGAUUAUCUAUCUCUAUUUGGUUGAACUUGGUUAGUUCCUUUCACCGAACUUGCCAGAUGUCGUUAUGUAGAAUCAUUCACAGAAUCCUUUUAAUUUCUGUGGGAUCUGAAGUCUAUUUUACUUCCAAUGCUGGUGCAGGAACUAGGCUGUCCCCAGUCCCGCUGCAAGCUGGUAUUUUCCUUUCGGGACAAACAUACUUUAGGAACAGAGAGAUCAUUAAGGAGUAUCACUGUGGCAGUGCUGGUAUGACCUGGCUCCCUGGGUUGUGUGGGUGGGUGGAAGAGGGAGGUGGAUGCUCCUGCUACCUGAAUCUUACCUGUCUCCCCUGUCCUCCUUCAGGAUAUAGGGCAUGUACUUCCUCUCAAGUCCACUGGUUCUGUGAUGAUGGAUGGGGAACUCCCAGUCUCAGGCAGGACAUCAGCAGCCUGAACUUCCUUAACUGGUUGUUGGACCACAACUGUCCAGGAUGGAACAGGAUUGCUGAGCCAGCAGAUCAUUGUCAAGGGCCUGUGGGUCAAUCCCCUGCAGUAUUUCUCUCAGGAGGAAGGUCCUGCCAUGAGAGGGAAUGUCUGUCAUCAGUGACCAGAGACAGUGUGCCAGAUGACUCCAGUACAUCCGUGCCACCCCUUGUGAAGACAGGGAGCAGAUGCUGGUGGAAGACAUCAUUGAGGAGGUGAAAGUGGUUUCAGAGGAGGAGCAGGAGUAGCUGCCCUCCCAGGAGCUGGAGGAGAAGCUGGA